AGAAGAAGCACAGAAACUUCCAGGAUGAGUCACUUUGUUGCCCCAAUGAGGCACAAGAAGGUAGGAGGAAGAAAUCCCAUCAGAACAACUAUCCAAACAACAGUGAGACUGAAAGCUGAUAACAGAGGCAAAUGUGGACACGCGGUUUUGUAACACUGACCGAGUGCUCCACACAGACAACCAUAAGCAAACCUGAAGAUUUUUAAACACGGUCUCAAAGAAUGAUCCCUGCCCAUUUGGCAGAUCAUCAUUCCACAACAUGGGAGGCGAAGGGUCCACGCGCUUGGUCAGAGUCGGGUCCCGAAGCUUUCCAGUUUAUCCAUUAGUUAUUGUGUGUUUAGUCCUGCUGAACGUCAUUUUGCUGUUAACAGCUGUUGUACUUGGGGUUAAUUGUGGAAGCAUGACGGAUUCCCCCCAAAGCUACCUAACACCACAAGUACUCACGACGGAGGCAGAGCAGCUUCAGAUAGUAAUGAGUGAAACUGCUCAAGAUCACGGACAAGCCCAGCAAGAUUUUGUCAAAGAGCACAGGAGCAAUCAGCAAUUAAAACUGCAAUUGGAGUCCAACAAGACUUACAACGAUGAACUGCAAAAGCAACUUGAACUCCUUCUGGCAGAGAGAGCAGCCUUGCAGUCAAACACAUCUGACAUAGUGGAAAGCUGUGGAUUAUGCAUGCCAGGAUGGUUUUUGUCAAACACAUCCUGUUACUUUCAUGGGAAGAAACAAUCCAGCGUUGGAAAAAACUGGACCGCCAGCAGAGAGGAUUGCAUCAGCCGUGGGGGGGACCUUGCUGUGAUCGACACCGCUGAAGAACAUAUGUUGGUUUUUGAGCACUUACCCAAAGUGAAAUGGGGAACAUAUCUGUGGGGAAUUGGAGGAGUGUGGAUUGGCCUCACAGAUCAUCAGAGAGAAGGCACUUGGAUAUGGAUCAACAACAUGACUCUGAACUACACUGGGUUUUGGAUGGGAGGGGAGCCAAACAAUUAUAGAUCUGCUGAGCACUGCGUUGGUAUUAUGGCUACAGACAAAGGUUUAAAGUCAUGGUUUGAUGCAAGAUGUGAAUCCCAAAGAGAAUGGCUGUGUGAAAAGAAGCGAAGCUAAAGUUGCAUGCAAAAGACAGACCUCACAUUAUUCAUACAACAAAAAAGCUGAAAAACAUCCCGUAUGCUACUCUUAUGGAAAUGAAAAAGUGUAAUCUGUUGCAGAUAUUUUUCUUUUUUGAUGUGUAUUUUUGAAUGAUUUUGAUUACCUGUGUUCUUAUUGUACCAAGUUGAGCCUUUAUUUUACAUUGAAUUGUAUCACAUUCUUGUUUUCAUGUAACACAAUAUACAAAGCUACAAAUCCUUCCCAAAGUGACAUAGAUGCUGUCAGUUCCUGUAAAUAUUCUAUAUUAUAAGUUUGUAUCUGUGCUUUCGUUGUAAAUCAUAUCAUCUAGAAUGACGAAAUAACACAACAAUGCUUGAGUAUCAUGCAGAUUUGUAAAUCAAAGCCAAAUCCUUUAAUAAAAAGUACCUGCAGUUUAUAUGAAUUGAUAAUUUUACGUUAGCACAAUUGCAACUGAAUACUCGUCAGCUUAAUAUUCAAGAAAAUGUGAAAAGUAGUAGCAUAAAUACACGGUUGGGUACAUGCAUGGAAAAAUAAAGCACUGUUUAAAAAGUGAAACAUUUAAGCAAUUUUUUAUUAUCUUUUUAGAAAGAAAAAAUCAAAUUUCAUGAGAACAGACUCUAAAAGCAGGGUGUCAGACUUAAAGCCUGAUUCAUUCAUAUCUCAUAUAAAAUAUUCUGCUUUCCAAUACUAGUUGUUGUAGUUUGAUAGAGGACAGAGUCACCAUCAAAUGACCAAGAUGCUUGUUAAAAAAAGUCUCGGGACAAUUUUAAAAUAACCUUGAGUCCCUAAAUAAUUACUGUAAGUUUAGCCCAAUUAAGUAGUAUUUUUGGCAGAUGGAACAAUCAUUUAAUUGGUAAAGAAAGCAGAGAGCAAAAAAUAUUUAAGCGAAAAAUGAAACUUCAAAUAUACAAUGGAGUGUCUGGUUUGUAGGCUGGAGGAGCUGCAACUUACGGUACUUUAUUUUUAUUUCUUAUCUGUUAACUGUUAUAGUUAAAGUAUAAUUACAGAUAUUUGAUUACAGAAUUUUCCUUUCAGGGAUAAAUGAAGAUUCUGAAAAGCUUUUACUUUCUAAAAACUGUUGUUUUUCGAUCAGUUCAAAUGACAAAAACUAGGAUAAAAUCAAAUGCAAAAACAUAAAAUUAAAAUUAAAUAUGUUAUUACUGUGUUUGACUACAGUUAUAAAGUUACUGCCAAAACUGUUGCAUGAAGAAAAGAAAGCCAAGGGUGCAGAUCUGAGCAGUAAAUCAGACAAAAGUAACAUUUGUGUGACAAAAUAUUGCAACAUAUCUUCUCACAAACCUGUUUUGAUGAGUUUUUCUAAAUGUGGUUUUAGCGUUGGGUCCAAAUUUCCAAAGAGAGAGUGGUUUAGACAUGCUGUGACAGCGUUUUUGCAUCUUCAGCUGUGUGGAACUUGUGGGUACAAAGGAGAUGGUUCACAAAUCCCUGAGCAGAGAGUCUCACUUUAGUCAUGGAGAGCUCACAGUCACGGAGAACUGACAUGGCUGGUCAACUCUUACAAGUCGCCUUUCAAAAGCUUAGAACAGGUAUCUGGAAAUUUCCAAACUCCAGAAUGGUUUUAGUGUCCCUGGGACUCCUGAACGCUGUUUUAUUCAUAAUUGCUGUUGUUCUUGGAGUGAUGUGUGCCAGAGUCAGAGACGACUCCUCCCUGAAAGUUUCCCACUCAGCUGCUUUGAAACUCAUCAGUGAGCUCACAGAUCUGCGCAGCAACCACAGUGAUUUGAUUGAAGCUGAAGAGGAGGCCAAGAGCUUGGUGCAGAUGAAAAUCCAGGACCAUGUGAAAUUAAAGGAGCAAAUUCAGGAGCUGACGGUCCUCAAUAGCGACUAUCAGAGACAGUUUGAAGCCCUGCAAACCGACAAAGAAAGCCUUCAGGCCAACAUCACAACUUUGGGGGAAACAUGUGGAAGAUGCCCACCUUCAUGGAUUCACCUCAACUCCUCCUGCUAUUUCUUUUCCUACACCGAGUCUUCUUCUAACCAGAAGACUUGGCAGAACAGCAGGACGGACUGCAUCAGACGUGAAGCUGACCUGAUCGUGAUCGAUAGCCCAGCGGAGCAGAAGUUUGUGAGCAGCACCAUUCACAGCAUAGCAGAAGGAAGUCGUUUCUGGAUUGGCCUCACUGACAAAGUGAUAGAGGGAAGAUGGGUCUGGAUUAACAAUGUCACAGAAGUGGAACAAAGGUAUUGGAUGGAUGGAGAGCCAGACAGUAGCUAUUCUAGAUACAGUAGCUAUUCUAGAUACAGUAGCUAUUCAAGUGACGGAUACUUGGAGGACUGUGUGGUUACAGCUUACUCUGAGAGUAAUCCAUGGAAAACUCGCCUUGACAAGUUUUGCUGGAAUCGAUAUUAUUGGAUUUGUGAAAGAAAAUCCAACUGAGUUGUGAAUGAAAAACUCAGAAUGUAACACAUAAAUAAAAAUUGACAAAGGUUUCUAUGAUCUAUGAGUAACUUAUGAAGAACUUUAAUCAAUCUUUAUUUAGACGUGUUUCACAGAUAUUUUUUUUACACAAAGAAAAUUGGGGAUAAAUAUCUAUGUCAACCAUGAAAAUAAAACUUUGCUUGACUUACUUGUAUGAAAUUUGUACUAUUGUGCAAAAGUAUGCAUGCAUUUAUUCAAAUUAAUCAAUUUAAUGCACUGGAAAAUGUGAAAAAACAUUUUAGUUUUGUCAAGAAGAUUUUUCAAGUUUUGUAUUUGCGACACUUGUAAUGAUUUUUGAAACUACUGCAAAAAAUAAACUUUGCAUCAAAGGGGAGGUAA